CAUUGUUGAUAUCGUGAUCACUCUCAUUUUGUUUGGUUCGGCACAGUUUUUCCAGCACUUUAAUUUCACUUCUUGAGUGGACAUUCUAUAUCCCUUGUGUAAUCUAUGAAUACAUUGUUUUGCUAUUGCACAUAAGCAUUUUAACCUCUUUGAAUGUUGUAAUUUUUUAUUAAUCAAAUAAUUUAAUUCUACUAACAAUAUGUCACUAAUUGGGAAGUUAUUGGAUAAACAAUUUUCAGCUGUAAAAUAUAUAUGUUUCGCAUUGUGUCCAGAUCGGCUUUUUGUUAUUCGAAGUGUAUCUCAGCAUCCAGUUGUACAACCUGAUACAGAUGAAUUCAGAGUGCUGGACUUGAGGAAGAAGAAAGUACAAGCUACCAAAAGAAGAAGAGUCGAGAAAGGAACUGUGUUGCCACCACGGACGAACCAGAUGCCGGUAGACCAGGACUGGAGCAACGUGUGGCCAGGACAGAGGAGCUUCCAUCCUGCCUCUGUGCCGCUGCCGAUCCGGCAAGGGUACCCCAAGAAGAGGGACGUUCCCCCGGGGAAGUUUGCCAAUGCAGAGCUGAUGAAGAUCCCCAACUUCCUGCACCUGACCCCUCCGGCCAUCAAGAAGCACUGCCAGGCGCUGAAGCGUUUCUGCACGGCUUGGCCGCAGGGCCUGAACCAGGAGAGGCAGGAGAGGCUGUUCCCAGUGGAGGUCUUGACGAGCGACUACUGCCAUUCCUCCCCUACCAUCAGGGACCCCAUGGCCCGGAUCGUGACCGUCAAGAUCAAGCUUAAGGACUUGGAGUUGGACAGGCAUGCCAAGGACAAGUUUCUGCGGUUAGUCGGAGAUCGCUACAACCAGGACACUGAUGUGGUCACCAUCAUGACAGACCGCUGCCCCUUGCGGCAGCAGAACUACGAUUUUGCCAUGUACAUUCUCACCGCUCUCUAUCACGAAUCAUGGAACGUGGAGCCGUGGGAGAGCGAGAAGAGUGAGGUGGACAUGGAGUACUACGACUGGGACACGAGCGUGUCGCGGCAGUGCGUCACGACAAUGCUGGGCUGGCCGGACAAGGACUGCGAGCCGGGCCCGGAUGACCAGCCCCACGUGCUCGAGUACAGGGAUGCCGUCUCGGCCCUCCGCAACGAAGGAGAAGAUGACUACACUCUCUACAAGUACAAGCAGUCUGUGAAGAAGCUGGUUGGUUUACACGAAGACCAAUUAUCUGCUGUUGCUAAGGCAUGACUAUAGGGAUUUUAAAAGUUCUAAGAGAGAACCUUCAGACAUUAGUCAUAUUGGACAAUGUAGAGAUCAUUUGAAACACGAAGUUUGUUCUUAUUCAGCAGUAUUUUUGUCGGCCUUAAUUCUAGAAAUAGGUAUUUAUAGCUGUGCAGGUACCAUAAUGUUACAUAUGGUUUGUAAAAUUUUUGUAUCUGCAGCAGUGCCAAAAACAAUUUUAUUACUGGCAGCACAAUAAAUUGGUUUACAAAUACAUGUCAAUUUUGCUGUUUUUUAAGUUUUUAUUUCAUGUUGUUUGUAGGUAUUUCCUCAGAAUUCAUGGUUACAUUCACAGAAUGACUUUAAAUUAAACCUUCAAAAUGAUGGCAGGCACAAAACAAUAAAGGUACUACAAGCUAGUAGUUACAUGUGUGGCUAUUUAUAACUGUACAGGGUAAUCUACCAGCUUAUAUAUUUUUUUUAAAUGUUAAAAAAUAACUUGCAGUUCAGGCACAAUGACUCAACAGGACAGGAAUAUUGAAAUAAAUAUUAAUGACUACUUAACUAGUCUUAAACUCUUAUAGAUCACCCCCAUCAGUUGCAUAUGCCGACAGUGGUUACUCUUUUAGUUUUGUAACAAAGUGUUCCCACUCAGUCAGAAGCAUGUUAUUUUUCAGUAUCUCUCAUCAUUUCAAAAAUAACAUAGCUUCAGUGUAAAUUAAUUUACACUAUUUAAUUCACAGUAAUGUCUUGUAAUUUUUAGCUGAAAAUUACCAGUGAUAUUCAACAAGCCAAUCAACUCACCAUGUUACUGCUUCUGGCUCGUGCCACAAAUAUUUCAGGAAAUCAAGUUGCUAUGAAAUAAACAAGGUUCAAACGUUCAAAGUCAGUGGUAAGCUUGAAUGCAGUAAUGUAGGUAUGUACUUCCUCACGUCCGUCAUAAAAGUAGGAUAGUGUUUGAGGUGGUGUCAGUCAUCAUCAAAAUGCCGGUAUAAAUUAUUCAAAAAAAAUUUCACUCUUGACACUAUAUUAACAGUAAAAUAUUUGUAUUGUGUAGCUGUUGUACAAAAAGAAAUGUUUCACAUAAUGGUAAUACAAGAUGGGUUGUUGCUUUCUUCGGCAAACAUUUAAUUUUUGUCCCCGUGACCCGUGCACUUUCUUCCAAAUAGCGACUCCGUGGUCACGGGUCAUCACGAGUAAUAGGUGUAUUGUCUUCGCACGCGGAUGCAUGCUUGUGUUCAACGAGCCAUGGUUCUUCAUGGCAGUGUACGGGACUGAUAUAAGCACAGCGCAGUUGUCUUGUGUUGGCAGAGCUGAACUUGCAAGUCAUCACACUGCAUCUUUCAUUUCCUAAUCCACAUCGCUGAAGGUAAGUACAGUCACCAACCAAAAAAUUACUUGUAUUAUUUUAUUGGUUUUUAUUUUCAUUUCAUUAUAAAACUAAUAGUUUCUGGUUUUAAAGGCACACAAAUGUUAAAUAUUGGGUACUUACACAAUUUUAUAUAGAGCUAAGAAGCCUGAAGUUAUUAUUUUUGAAUAAUUACUUAGCUUCCUUAACAAGAAAAUUAUUUUUGGUCUGCAAUAUAAGGGUUUUAUUUGCACAGAAUAUUUGAGCACAAAAAAAUAAAGUGAAUUAUUAAAAGCAAAUCAGAAUGGCCUUCAGUAAUGUGUAAUAAAUUUUACGCUACACUCAUACACCACUUACGUAUUUCUUUUAAUACUGUAUCCUAGUUACUUUGAUUAUGUAAUAUCAGUGGCAUAACAAAUGGUGGUAUAACAUUAGGACACCACCUCCCCUGAAAUGUUGUGGAACGUAGUUACUCUUUACUUUCUUAGUAACACUUCAAAUACUAUGCACUACAAAGUAAUUCAAACUAAAUGAGGAUUAGUUUAAAAAUAAAAUUAGUUUUUUUAUUAAAAACGUAAAUAUAUUUUAAAAGUCUUGGAACAAGCACAUGCAAAUACUAUAUACCAGAUAUGGUGUUAUUAUUAGCAAUAUGUGUGUACUGCCACGGAGCUUCACAUAUUAUAUCAUGUAAAACAUUGAUUAGUCUGCUGCACAUUGGUUAGUAACCCAACUGUACCAGCGUUGUCUCCAACUGUGUUCUGUGAGCAGCUCGGAGCAUUUAUGCAUGCUGGGUUGAGCACAAGUGCACAAAAUUGUGUGCCGUGAACCACAAACAAGGUCUUGGACACAGCGAAGAUCAUGCUUCGCUGGAAGGGAAAAAGAGAUAAGAGUACCCAUCCUUUUGUGUGGGAACUAGCACUGCGACCUUGCACAUCACUUCAAACUAUCUCAGCCAAACACAACUAUAAUAUAUGCACAUUGGUGCUACCUAGUUGAAAGCAGGUAUAAUAAAUGUGAACAAUUCCAAGAAAUUAAAAAAAAGGCCAUAAAUACAAUAUGUACAGAUUAAUGGUAUAGCUUACUUUUAAGGCAUUGUUUAAUAAACUAUUAUUUAGAUAAAUAAUUAUUUGCUAAUUUGUGCUUGUCCUAACAUCACUCUAUCUCACUAGGGACAAGAUCGUAUGGUGAAUGGCGUUAAAACCUAAAUACGUAAUACUAAAAACAUGUCAAUACACUAUAUUGUAUAUAACACCAAAAUUCAGGUUAAUACACUACAAAGCACCGAAAUGCAACUGAAAGCACAAUAUAAUUGGCAUUUUUAUCAAAAAUUAAACUCAAAAAACUAAAGAAUUCUUUUAAUAUAUUAAACUCGAGGAAUGUAACAUAUUUAGCAUGAACGUUGUGCCAAAAUUUUUUUACCACUUUUUUUCUUUUAACUGUUAUUAGUAACUCAUUUCUACAUUAUGGCAUUGGUGACUUGAUGUAAGUUUUUGGACAUACGCCAUUGCUAAGAAUUCUUAGCAAUGGCGUACAUCCAAAAACUUACAUCAAGUCAUGCACUCCCAUUGCACAAAUCUUUCAAAGAUAACAUUAUGGCAUUGGUACAUUUUUCAAACACACAAUAACUUGUAGAUUUAUCAUUAUUGUUCAGAGUGGUUAUAAAUGCUUAUAACAAAUUAUUAUAUCAUAAAAGUUCACCAUGUAUCAGCCACAAUAAAAAGUUGGCAGCACUGCAAAAUGUAAUGUUUAAAUCUCUGCUGCCACGGGGACUGCAGCAGAGGAUAAUGAAAGUAGUGCACUCGGGGUCUCGCAUCCCACUGUCGUGCACAUACUAAACCUCGGGCCACUGUCGUUGCAGCGCCCACGACUGACGGCAGAUGUCGGAGGCAAGAGGAGCCCACAUGCUGGCGGACGUGAUGGCAGGCGUGAGUGAGGCGGUGGCCAGGUCUCUCUCCGUCUGCGGCCCGGACGAGCGCAACAACGCCAUAUGCAACCUUUCCAACAGCAUCACGGCUCGGGGAUAUGGAGGCCCGUCCUACUAUUACGGUGGAUUUGAACCCCUGACCCUGCUGGCCGGCCUGGCGUUCCUCGCAUUCCUGCUGCAGACCCUGCACUCGCUGCUCUACAGGGGCGGCCACGUGGGCGACCGGGCCCGGGCGGACCAGGACCCCGUCCCGCGCAUCGCACACGCCGUGAUGGCCGCCCUCGACAAGUAUCAGGAGACAGCUGCGAGCAGACAGCACUUGACAGAGGAGCUGCCAGACAAUAAUGCUCAGAUUUCCCGGCGCUCCUGGCAACAUGGCGAACCUGAUUCCUGCUCACAGAACUUACUGUGCCGCCUGUUUCAUCGCUAGCGUCAACAUUUACAAAAACACUCUCUGAAAUAAGUUAUAACAAAUCAUACGUAUCCAGCACAAUGAAAAUAAAACUGUUUUUAAUGAUUUACAGCUAUAUA